CACACACACACACACAUGUGCGCACGCAUAUGACCGGUAGAGAGGAAAUGAGGAAACACACAGGAAGAGCUGAAGACUGUUGAGCACAGUGAAACUCAACAUGGAUAGACUCAUCGUUUCUGUGCUCUUUACAUACGUGUUCAGAUGUUCAGACGCCUUUAACAUGGAUACAGAAAAUCCACUGACAUUUAAUGGCUCACGAGAUGAUUUCUUUGGCUACAGUGUCUAUCAAUACCAUUCUGAAAAUACUGGCAAACGCAUCAUCGUUGGAGCUCCAUUAAACAAUUCAACAGGAAAAAUGUUCACCUGUAGCUCAAAUCUAUCGCACUGUACAGCACUGCAGACAGGUUCAGAGAGCAGCAGUUCAUUAGAUCUGUCCGCUGCGGUGUCGUCCUCUGCUGCCACCAGCAUCACUAGUUGCAGUCCAUUUCUUGCAAGUGUAUGUGAUGGAAACUCGUAUCUGAAUGGCAUCUGCUUCCAGUACAACAGCACUUUACAGCCGGUGUCUAACUUCACCACAGGGUUUCAAGAAUGCACAAAGGGAGAUGUCAAUCUAGUGUUUCUGUUUGAUGGAUCUUCAAGUAUGAAAUCAGAAGACUUUGAAUUAAACAAAAAGUUCAUUAUAAAUAUCAUGACAAAACUUUCCAACUCCUCCAUCAAGUUUGCCGCUGUCCAGUUUUCAAAAGGUUUCAAUACCGUGUUUGACUUCAACGACUAUCAGAAGGGUUUUGCUGAAAAGAAACUCAUGAAUGAGCCUCACAUGAACAGCCUCACAAACACCCACGGUGCAAUAAACUUCACUUUAGACUUGCUGUUGAAUAAUGUGUCGUCUGGAGCCAACCCAAACGCCACAAAAGCCCUGGUUAUAAUAACUGAUGGAGACCCCAGUGAUAAUGACGAUCAUGGUGUCAUUAAGAAAUGUGAUGCGCAAAAUAUCCUGCGUUACAUCAUUGGGGUGGGGGAGGUCAGCCUGACAAACCUGUAUUCACUGGCUUCAAAACCCAAUAUAAGCAACACCUUCCGAAUCGAUCAUUACUCUGGACUUCAGGGACUCCUUGACAACCUGCAAAAUAAGAUCUACAAUAUAGAAGGCUCACAGGAGGCUCAUGGCAGAGACAGACAGAAUGAAUUAUCUCAGAGCGGAUUCAGUGUUGUCUAUCACACUGACGACUCUGUGGUUGUGGGUUCGGUGGGAUCUAAUGACUGGCGUGGAGUUCUGUAUGAAGUGAGAGGAUCUGGAUCCAGUGAGAUCAAAGAUCCGGCUGUCGACGCUGACUCAUACAUGGGUUACUCUUCUGUGAUUGGACGGAGAGGCGGCGUCUCUCUGCUGUUCUCUGGAGCGCCGCGAGCUGAACACACGGGUCAGGUGACUCUCUUCAUCCAGAAGGGAGACACAUGGAUUGUGAAUAGAAGCAUCGCAGGAGAUCAGAUCGGCUCGUAUUUUGGAGCGUCUCUAGGUCUUUUGGACGUGGACUCUGAUGGAGAAUCAGAUUUUCUUCUGGUCGGGGCUCCGUUAUAUCACCGGUGUGGGCCGCGGACAGAAGGGAGGCUGUACGUCUACUCUAUAUCAAAGUCGUUUGAGAAGAUGCUGAGCGUGUGCGAGUCAAACGCCGGCAGGUUUGCUGCGUCUCUUGCGGCACUAAAGGACAUAAAUGGAGACGGGCUGUCAGAUGUGGCUGUCGGAGCGCCGCUGGAAGAUGAUGGGACGGGAGUGGUCUACAUCUACCUGGGUGAUAAGACGUACGGCAUAAACACUGAAACUAGUCCUCAGCGGAUCUCAGGGCGAAGCGUUCUGCCCGGCCUGCAGCAGUUUGGAGUAUCUGUUGUGGGUCAGAUGGACAUGAAUGAGGAUAAUCUGACAGAUGUGUUGAUUGGAGCACACGGAGGGAUCGUCCUGCUCAAAGCUCGGCCCGUGAUGUCUGUAUCUUUACAACUCAAAUUCAGUCCCAAAGAAAUCAGCAUACGCAACUUUGACUGUGAAGGCGCAGCUGGCGAAAUGUUUCAGGCGUUCAACCUCACUUCAUGUUUCAGUGUUUCCGAGCAGACCAACAGCAGAGGAUCACUAAACAAGAAUCUGAAUAUCGCACUCAACAUUAAUCUUGAUGUGCUGAGAGAAAUGAAUCGAGGAUUCUUCCAACUGCACAAUUCAACGUCCAGGAGUCAGCAGAUGUCCGUCUCGUUGCUUUCGAAAUCCUUCUGUUCCGACUUCUCAGUCUUCAUGCCGAAAUGUGUUUAUGACACGGUGUCUCCAAUGAAGAUCCGAAUGAACUUCUCACAGACUGGAAACAUUUUGGCUCUUCUUGACAUUCACAGCAGGACAGAAGAGUUUGUUGAGGUGCCAUUUGAAAAGAACUGUAAAUCAAACAGCAGCUGUGUGGCCAACCUGACACUGGACUUCAGUUUUAUUAAUGAGACGUUACUGGUGGUGAAUCAAGCUCAUUUAACAGUUCACAUAACACUGAAAAACGCAGCAGAUGACUCAUACAACACCAGUUUAGUCAUGCAUUAUCCAGAAGGCCUCUCUUUCUCUAAACUUGAUAAUGUUAAGUCCAGCCGAACCAGCAUUAGAUGUGGUGAUCGAGACAAUGGUGCUAUGAACAGAACCACCUGCAGUAUCAGUCUACCAGUGUACCGAAGCGGUGCAACGACUGUGUUUCUGGGAAUGUUCCGUGUGAGCAAGUUGGACUAUGAUUGGCCGAAUAUGAUCGACAUGAUAAUCACUGCCAACAGUGAUAACAAUGGUAACACCACUGAUGCCACAGUGAAGAGGAGUUUAGCGGUUCUUUUCGCGGUUGACCUGGCUAUCAGUCUAGUGGGUGAAGAAUCUGUGACAUUUCUGUCUUUCUCUCUGGAGGAUAGAGAACCCAAACCUUUUACCAUCACCUACAAGGUGGAAAAUGUGGGGGUUAAAGGUCUUCCAGUAUCAGUGACACUCAAAAUGACAUGUGAAACAACACACGUGAAGAUAACGCCUCUGAGCUUCGGCAUCCGCAAUGGAACGCAGUGCACGACACAGAAGGGUGGUCACUGUGGGAGGUUUGAGUGUGAGGAGUUCCACCUGCAGACGUCUGAAGCCGUUUACUUUAACCUGACAGCAGAAGUUACUCUACACAACAUGGAAAAGUUCCAGUCGAAAUACUCCUUCCAUGAGUUCAGUAGGGAUUUUGUGUUCAACAUCACCGCACAUCUGGACUACAACAGAAGUCGCUACAACCAGACGAUAAGCAGUUUAAAGCACGACCCUCAUACAUCUCAGACAACGGUCAGGGUGGAGUUUGUCAUUCCGGCUAAUCGAGUGCUGAUUGGUUGCAUAGGGGCUGUGGGCGGAUUGAUCUUACUUAUCUUCAUACUAGUUUUACUGCUGAAGUGUGGUUUCUUUAAACGAAACCGCCCCUAUGAGUUCAACAGCACACCUGAGGAUAAUCCUCUCAUGGAUGUCACAACUAAGGGAAACGACGCAAAGGAGACCAGUGAUGGAGCGAUGAAGGGCAGCGACGGAGGUGAAAGUGUAAAUGAUAGGAAUGGGGCGAUUGAAAAUGGUGUGAAAGAGCAGAGCUUAACUUCUGAAGGUCCAAACACAGAGGAGCCAUAAAAUCAGCAUCGACAGAAGAAAAGAAAGUCUCAUUUAUUUCAGUGUUGAGUUUGACAGUAUGCAAUGUAUUUGCCUGAAGCAUGUGUUUAAUUUGUAUAUUUUGAUGUUAAUGUGAUUUAUUGGGUGUUCAUAGAGAUGCUUUAUACUUAGUUGUUGCUGUUUUUUUGAAUAUUUUCUGUUUUUGAACACAAGUAUUUUGCAUAGAGAUUUUGUGUGAUUCACAAUUAGAGGUUAGCGUCAGUCGCACGAGCGUCUGUUGAGGUUGUGGAGUGUGGUUUACACACACCAGUCUUAUAGAGUGCACUAUUGAUGGGGACAGUCUAAAAACACAGUCAACAAAUUACUCAUUCAAUCCCAUGAUGCAGUGCAAUAAUGGGCAUCAUUCAUGAAACAUUCGUAAAUAUAUCAGUACAUGCCGAGUCAUUUGUGUUUAAAACUGCCCUUCCCGAAAACUGUCCUUCGGAUUCACAAAUGCUUUGUAAACAUCAGAUUUCAUAGUAAAAUGUGUGUAUGUUAAUCAAUUCCAGUCACUCAUUACAGCUCAUUCACAUUAGCAUAAUCCCGCCUAUGAAUUACAGUUGAGCAAAUGAUGUAUCUGGGAACGCCGGAAUCCUCUGGACUUCAUUCUCUGCUUUGGCUACAUUAUAUUGCAUAAAUGUACAAGAGACUCUUAGGCUAUUUGCUUACCAAUAAAUGUAUCUAUCAA